AGGUUAGUACAUUGUUUACACUCUGAAAAAAGACUUUCGGGCAGCAUGCUUUUUUGAGUACUAGAAGUGUUUCUCUGCUUUUAGUGGAAUUUUGGUGCGGUCAUGUCCAUAUUCACAAGUUUCUAUAAAAACUGUGCUAGAAGAUCUGUGUUUAGUCAACUUUUUCCGUCUAUAAUGUCCAAACCCGCGAGAGACCUAAGUUCACAAGUGAAAGAAAUUGAACAAGAACUGAAGAAGAACCCGUACUUUGAUAAGUAUGCGCACAAAAUUUCUGCCAUUCAACAGACUAAUCCUGAAGAACUUGUAUCCAGGUUUGAGGCAGGCAAACCCAGCUCAAAACCUAAGGAAGAUAAGUCAAAAGAACUAAAAGUUGGAAAGGCGAAAGCCCCGCUGAAAAGUGAAGCACUCUCUCAGACGAGUAAUCGGCAGCUCAGCAAAAUCAUGAAGACUGAGCUCCUUGUGGACAAAAGUGCUGACGAAGUGAAGAAAAUUUGGGAGGAAUAUUUCAAAGGCAAAGACGCUCUUGCCGCCGCUGUACCUGCGCACCUUUACUCCAUUAUUGAGGAAAGAAGCGCCAAACAUCCAGUCUUCUUAUUUCCACUUCCACGCGAUCAAGGUUACGAAUUCUUUCUCCUUCAGUUUGACUCGGGGCAGAUUCACUUUACACCCCUGAUCAGUUACCAAACACAUGGAGCUGAUGCCCCGGAAUGCCUCUUAAUGACCUACUACACUGAACUGAAGGCAGACAAGGGUAUUGUCUUGCUGCAUGGGGAGUAUGACACCAACUUCCUAAACGCAAUUGAAGCUCAGUGUCUUGCUAAUCAAGUACAAUUAUACUAUGGUGAAAACGAUACCCAUCGCACCAAAUUACUAGAAAAAUUCACGAUGAAGCCUGAUAGUUUUGAUCACAUGGAUCUUGUUAAAGAAGUUGAGAGACUGUCAUUUUAAUUGUUGUUCAGCCAUUUUUAAUCAAUAUUCAAAGGGCUCUGUAAAUAUGUAUGUAGAUUUGUUUCAUCAAUAAAUUAUUCUUUACUCCAA